UUACUCUGGUCUCAUCACUCUCACAGUCCCAGCCCGAAGAAGAGAAGAGAAGAGAAGGAUGGCUGUGGCUUUUCAGUGUUUAUCAUGUGCUCGGAGUGACCCCUUCCUCACCGCAAGCCAAUCCCUCACUCUUCCUUUCCAACGCAAACCACUUUUUUGCUCUGUCCCUCUUUCCUCUCGCGCUCGCAAUCUCUCUUCUUCAAUUGUCGCCGCUUCUUCCAAAAAGAAAAACAAGAAAAAAAAGUCUCAUGAUCAUGUUACGAAGGACGAUGACGAUGGCGUGGACGCGUUUGAGCUGCUCUUCAAGCAACUCGAGGAAGAUCUCAAACGCGGUGAUUUGCCAGAAGAUGAUGAUGAGAUAACCGAAGAAGACAUGGCAUUGCUUGAACGUGAGUUGGAAAAUGCAUUGGGGGACUUUGAUGCUGAAUUGUUGAACUCGGAUGUAAUCGACAUGGAAACUGGCACUGAUUCAGAAAAUGAUGAUGAUGAUGAUGAUGAUGAUGAUGGUGAUGGUGAUGACGUUGAGAAUGAUGAUGGUGGUGGAGAUGAAAGGUCGCUGAACCUUAAGAGUUGGCAGAUGAAGAAAUUGGCUAGAGCUUUAAAAGCUGGCCGCCGCAAAACAAGUAUAAAAAAUCUUGCUGCUGAUCUUUGUCUUGACAGGGCUCUUGUUCUUCAAAUGCUUCGUGACCCUCCUCCAAAUCUUUUAAUGAUGAGUCUAACAAUACCUGAUGAACCCGCAACGACUGUAGUAUCACUUGAAACUAAGCCCAGCGAAAUUGUUCAUAAAGAAACAAGUAUUGAUCAUGCGGAACCUGAACCCAAGGCUAAAGUACCUGUUCAUACCUUGCAACGUAAUUGGCAUGCUCAAAAGCGAUUGAAAAAGGCCCAUGUUGACACUUUGGAGAGAGUUUAUAGGAGAUCAAAACGACCCACUAAUGCAAUGAUCAGUAGUAUCGUACAUGUAACAAACAUUCCUCGAAAAAAAGUUGUUAAGUGGUUUGAAGACAAACGUGCUGAGGAGGGAGUUCCAGAUCGUCGUGUUCCUUACCAGCGCUCUGUUCCUGAAACUGCAUGAAGAUUUUAACUUCUUUGAUCUGCUUUUAUAUUGUAGGCUAUGUGAAAAAUGUUACAAUUGUAUAGCAAGCUACGUUUCACUUUCACCAACCCUGGUCAUGUUUUGAGGGUUAGUUAUGCGAAGAAGUAGAAGUGACAUAAGUGAUCAUUGGUUAAUGGUUAUGACACUGACUAUUGAAAAUAGGGCUGCAGUUCCCUGAUACUAUGUGCAUUUUUUGGUCCUUUGCUUCUUAUCUCAAAUACUAAGAAGGGGUUCUCUAGUUCUUUGUCAUGUAAUAGUCUUUUGAGAAGAUUAAUAUAAUUUAUUCUUAAGCAUUA